AAUCAGUAUCUAUAGCGAAUAACGCAAUAAAGGCAAUAUUUACAGAAUCGGUAAUUAAUUUACAAACGAUUCGCAGUGGUUUCAAUGUUCUCAGAUCAAUAUCUUACAAGAAAAACGCAUUUUUCUACUUUCUCGCGGCGUAAAAAGUUUUUGAUUUUUUAUAAAUAAACUAAUAAACUGACAAUUUUUUUACUUGCGAUUACAAACUUUUAUAACGAUUCCGCAAUUAUCUAAUUUUUUUCCGAUACGAUUUAUACAAAUUAUUCGCGAACUUCGUGCAGCUACAAACUUUUUGUCUUUUCAGACGCGAAAUAUACGGUUAUAUCAUACGCACGCGUUUAUAGAGCCAUAUACCAUAACCUAACUUUUCAUCUAACUUCUUUCAUCUAAGCGAACAACGUGCGUGAACGUUUAUUAACUUACGUAAAAUAAAAUAAUAAUCAACUAUUGAAAAAUAGAUGAAACAAAUGUGCAUUUUAACGUGUGUGUUAAAAUAAGUGAUGUGGGUUUUUGAAACAUUAUAAAGAGAUAAUUCUUUCCAAAUAAAAGCUAACAUUUUAAUAAGAAUGCAGCAUUAUUUUUUGAAGUUAUCACGCAUAAGGAAGGUGCAAAUUUUGCGUGUUUCAAAUUAUUCAAAUUCAGUAAUGCACGAUUUGUUCAAAUUAGGCACAACUGAUACUGAUGAUUUACUGGAUCCUAAAGUGAGGCAGAUUAAAGACAAAUUGAAGUAUUGUGAUUACAUAGAGAAAAAAAAAUUAAAAUUUGGAUACAAUACUAAUAAAGAGAAACAAAGAAAAUUAGAGUAUAAAUUAAUGAAAGGCAAACAACUCGUAGAGAGGCAAACUCCUGCAAUCAGUGUUGCUUUAAAAUAUUUGGAUGGUGAUAAAACAAUUUUGCAUCAACAAUCAGAACUCAAUAGUGACGAUGAGUAUAGUGAGAGCGAGGUAGAUGCACGGGAGCAAAAACCAAUCCACAUGCCUUAUUCAAUUAUUGACACAUAUAAAAAAGUACCUACCAAGAACUUUCAACAUAAAGAGCAACCAACAAUCGAGGUGGAACUGGAUGAUAAAUUUAAAAAACUGUAUGAAAAAUAUUUAGAAUUAUCAAAUUAUGCAUCUGCAAAUCCAGGUGAUCUAAAUGCCAAAAAUGCAAGUGAUGCAAUUAAAGUGCGAUUGGAGGAUGAUCUGUCAAAAAUACCAUCAUCUUGGAUGACAGAUUAUGAAAUUUAUGACGAUUCAUUGGAAGAUUUUCAAGAUGUAAAAUAUGGCACACCAGACCCAAAUGCUGAUGUUAGUUCUGUACCUUGUGGCGGAUGUGGCGCAUUAUUACAUUGUAAGGAUGUUGCUAUUCCUGGCUAUUUACCAUCAGAAUUAUUUCUGAAUAAAACUAUCGCUGACUUAAGAUCAGUUACAUGUCAAAGAUGUCAUUUUAUGAAGAAUUAUCACACAUGUUUGGAUGUUAGAGUUUCACCAGAUGAGUAUCCAAAACUAUUAGAAAAGAUCAAUGAUAAUCGAAGAGCUAUAGUGAUAUUAUUAGUGGAUUUGACUGAUUUUCCAUGUAGCAUUUGGCCAAAAUUACCAGAAGUCAUAGGAACCAAAAGACACGUGUAUGUGGUUGGCAAUAAAAUUGAUCUGUUACCAAAAGAUAGUACAUUAUUUUUGGACCAUGUCAAAGAUUCUUUAACAGAAUCAUUGAUAGAAAUAGGACUAACCAAAACAAAUAUAAAACAUGUUGGUCUUAUAUCAGCAAAAACUGGAUAUGGAAUCGAGCAACUAAUUAACAAGUUAUAUAAAGUAUGGCAGUACAGAAGUGAUGUCUAUAUAGUUGGAUGCACAAAUGCAGGAAAAUCAACUUUAUUUAAUACUUUAUUACAAUCUGACUUUUGUAAGUCACAAGCUGUUGACUUAAUACAACGCGCAACAACUUCUCCAUGGCCAGGAACUACUUUGAAUUUGUUGAAAUUUCCUAUACUCAGACAUAAUAGUUCAAGGCUGAAAAGAAGAACUCUCAGAUUAAAACAAGAUCAGACGAUGCAACAUCAAGAGCAAAUGUUACGAGAAAAAAAGUCUAGGUUGUCUAGAAACAUCGAAUUGGCUACACUACAAAGUCGUAUUGUCCAUACAUUUAAAGACUGUAGGGAAAUUAAUCUAGCUUUAGACAGAAGUAAGGAAAAUACUGACAUAAUCACAAUAGAUACAAAGAAAAACAUUGGUUUAGACGAAACAGCUCCUGAAUUUAAGACUUCUCAUUGGUGUUAUGAUACACCUGGAACAAUACAGCCUGAUCAAAUUUUACAUUUCUUAACAACGGAUGAACUUAUGAAAACAUUGCCUAGUAGAAUAAUUUCUCCAAGAACAUUUUGUAUUCAACCUGGCCUUACAAUAUUUAUAGCAGGUCUAGGAAGAUUGGAUAUUCUGGAAUCUUCCAAUUUUAUAAGGUGUACAGUUUUUGCAAGUAAUAAAUUACCUAUUACCAUUUGUGAAGUUGAAGAUUCUGAGUUGGUGUAUAAUGAGUUACUGCAUACCGAAGCUUUUGUUGUGCCAAUGAAUAACCCAGAAAGGCUCAAAAUGUGGCCUGAAUUAAAAUCAAAAGAUUUUGAAACGAUAGGUGUGGGUCAUAAAGAAUCAGUUUCAGAUGUAGUUUUAUCUAGCGCUGGUUGGAUUGCUAUUACUGCAGAUGAAAAUCAAAGAGUAGUUAUGAGAGGAUGGACUCCUGAAGGGCGAGGAAUUUACUUGAGAACUCCGGCACUUUUACCAAAUUCUGUAAACCAUCGCGGGAUGAGAAAACUUAAUAGUCUCGCUUACAGACUAGGGCGACAAAUAUAUUAUUCUAAGAAACAAUCUAGAAUAUAGAUUAAGAAAAGAAACGAUUUUAUAUAUUUCUGCGCAAAUACACAAUACUUUAAAAAUACAUUUAAUACAUGUAAAGCUGCUUUUAAAACUGUCUCAUGAAACAUACAAAAAAUAACUAAUUAAAAUUAAAUAGUUCAAAAUCAUACAAUCGUAAGAGUUAAAACUAAAGUCAUUGACUAGUACAUAGCAUUGAAGGUGAUUUGAUAUUUUAUAUCUUACAGUUUCCUCUUGCCUUCAAUCAAACAAUAUCUCCAAACAUUGUAAUUUUUUGUUAUUCGUUUGUAAAUUAUUCAUUAAUUUUUUUACUAUGUAAGUAGCAAUUGUUGAAUAAACAGAUCCAGAUAUACAUA